AUGCCACUGGCCAUUUCCACCAGCAACCCGUGUGGGCUUCGCUGGCUAUUUGGUGGAAAGGACCAAUGUAUCGGCCAGACAAGAGGAGGAGGAGGAGGUGGUGGUGGUGCUGUACAAGCUGCUCAUCCUCGCAAAAUGCAUCUGGUGGCUCUUCCGGCUGGUAUGCUCCUCACACGAAGCCCCGACCCAGAUGAUCUUGUCGACGACGGGAUGUCGUCCAUAUGA